UGUCGCUGCAUUAUGGACGGCCCUCCGCUUGCCUCGCUCUCCCUCACCCAUGUGUACUAUAACCCGGCCGACCGCGUUUCGUGGGUGUGCGCAUGGCUGGCUCUCGUCCCCCAGGCCCUGUGCGUCGUCUAUGCGACGCUGAUAUGGUCGAACCGCGAGAUUGAGAUAUUCCUCAUGUUUGCCGGCCAAAUGACAUGCGAGGCCCUGAAUUGGGUGCUCAAGAGAUACAUCAAGGAAGAGCGACCAAAGCAAAUGCACAGCAAAGGCUAUGGAAUGCCCUCGUCACAUGCCCAGUUUGUCUCCUUCUUCUCCGUCACCCUCGCCCUCUUCCUUAUCUUCCGUCACGUCCCGCAUCCUACCGAAACCCACACUCCUUUCUCCUUGGGCGGUCGCAUCGUUCUCUCACUCCUCGCCUUGCUUGGCGCCGCUGCUGUAGCCGUCAGUCGCAUAUACUUGAGCUACCACACCCCCAAGCAGGUCAUUGUUGGCUGUGCCGCCGGCGCCAUUUUUGCUCUGGCCUGGUUCGCAUUCACGACCUACCUGCGGAGAGCAGGUUGGAUUGAGUGGGCGCUUGAUACGUGGCUUUUGAGGGUACUCCGUGUCAGAGACCUCGUCAUUCAGGAGGACUUGGUCGAUUCCGGCUGGGCGCGGUGGGAGGACAGGAGAAAGCGACAGCUGUUCCAGACUCAAACAAAGAAGGCCAGGUGAUACUUGAUGCUUCAUCAUUCUCCUUGAGACAAGAUGUUCAUCCACCAAGCUGCCGUUGUCUAGAUAUCAUUUUACUCGUGUAACACCAAUUUGACAAUCUCCCCCAGCCUCCAGGUCCUCGGGCAGGCUCGGCUCUUGCGCAUUCUCAAAGCUCUUUACCAAUCUCUAGUCGCCGUAUCUUGCACAUAUCUUCUUACUAACCCUUUAGUUUCUGUGUUGCUAUGCAGUAGCAAAUCUGUGUCUAGUCCCUUUAC